CAGCGUCGCGUGCGCAUGUAAGUUAUAAGGCGUGCGGCAGUUUUCCCGGGCGCAGUCUCUCGCACAACGCAAAUCAAUACACACUUUAGGAAGUGCUAUCGCCUAAGCUACAGAGUGAUUUAAACUACAGUAGCUGCUUAUAGACACAUAUAAAAUGCCUCCUCAAGGUCAGCCUUCAUUUGUGUUGUUCGAGUCAGACGCCGUAGCCGAGGACAAAGUCCCCGAUGUCGCUCCCUCCGCCGAAGCCGAAAAGAGGAAGUUGAGGAUCGUCUGGAGGAAUGUCAUCAUCUUCGCGGCUCUACAUCUCGGAGGCGUCUACGGAGCCUUCCUGUUCCUCGCUAAAGCUAAAUGGGCGACUAGUAUAUUCGCGGUAUUCCUGUACCUAUGCUCCGGGUUGGGCAUCACAGCGGGAGCGCAUCGACUUUGGGCUCACAAGUCAUACAAAGCUCGCUGGCCACUGCGCCUGCUUCUCACCGUGUUCAACACCAUGGCUUUCCAGGAUGCAGCAAUAGACUGGGCUCGCGACCACCGCAUGCACCACAAGUACUCAGAGACAGACGCGGACCCUCACAACGCCACGCGUGGGUUCUUCUUCUCCCACGUCGGAUGGCUACUGGUCAGGAAACAUCCAGAGAUCAAGAACAAGGGACACACCAUCGACAUGGGCGAUUUAUGGGCUGAUCCUAUCCUCAGAUUCCAGAAAAAACAUUACUUGGUCCUCAUGCCCCUAUUCUGCUUCGUUCUGCCGACUAUAAUCCCUACUCUGUGGGGUGAGUCUCUUUGGAACGGAUACUUCGUCUGCGCCAUCUUCCGUUAUGUCUACGUCCUGAACGUCACCUGGUUGGUCAACUCCGCUGCUCAUAUGUUUGGCACCAAACCGUACGACAAGAACAUCAACCCUGUUGAAAACAAAUCUGUGGCUCUCGUUGUAUUUGGCGAAGGCUUCCACAACUACCACCACACCUUCCCAUGGGACUACAAAACCGCUGAACUCGGAGGGUAUUCCCUGAACUUGACUAAAAUGUUCAUUGACACGAUGGCUAAACUGGGCCUGGCUUAUGACUUGAAGACAGUUUCUCAUGAAGUGAUCGAGAAGAGAGUCAAGAGGACGGGUGAUGGCAGCCAUGAUGUCUGGGGAUGGGACGACAAAGAUGUUCCCGCCGAGCAUAAAGAGAUCACAACAAUUGUAAAUCCCGAGAAGACUGAGUAAAAAAAGAUUAAAUUGUGUAGUAAUAAUAAAUUGUCCACCGUAACUUACAACCAAAACAAUUCAUUAGGAAACAGUGAGGUUGAAAAAUAAAUUGAUUAUAAAAACUUCUAGUUGAUGUGACUUGUUUUUGGAAAAUAGUAACAGAUAUUUUAUUAGGUGUUCCUACAACCAAUGAUGAUUCUAGGUAACGACAAACCUGGUGAUGAAAAUUGUGUUUGAGUUGAAAAAAAAGAAAAACACUUUCUUAAAUUGGUGAUAUAUUAAUUCGGUUAUAGUUUUCCAAUUUCUAACAAGGCGUAUUAUUUAUAAACAAUAGGUAAUAAAAAGACUAACAUUUAGUUUUAUGGUAUUUAUAGGUUCUUAGAUAUAGAAUUACAAAAUUAGAUUUUAUUUUAAUUAUACUGACAUUGGAAAGUG